UAAAACUGACUUUGAGGUUACUUAUAAGCUGCUCUUAUGUUUUGAAAAUGUCUCUUAUAUAAAAACAUUUGAUUGUUUUUGAAUUAAUUCAAGCACCUAACCGAAUUUAUCGCAAUAAUGUCUCUAUUACGAGCUGGUUUAAAUAAACUGACUGGUAUAUUUCGUAAUCAAGGUGGAAUUCUAUCAAGGCUGCUGUCACAAGAUGCAAGUCCAAGUGUCGUUAAAGAAACAAAAGAAGUCAUAACCACCUGCAAUAAAUUGAUAGAGGAUAGAGCAUCCCGAAACUUCGCAAUAGUUCAUCUACUGGGUAAACAGUGGCGUGUGACCGACGGAGACUUACUUGUCGUCGAAGGACACUGGCCACCCAAUAUAGGGGAUAAAAUAAGAUUAGACAAAGUUCUACUGGCAGCUACAAAGGACUUCUCACUCAUUGGGCGUCCUCUUGUCCAACCGGGCUUGGUCAAUGUGACAGCUACAGUCAUAUCAAAGGGGCUCUCACACACAAAAACACAUUUCAAGAAGAAGAGGAGGAAGCAGUAUAUGAAGAUCCACUUCCAAAGAUUACCGCAGACCAUGUUAAGAAUAAAUACCGUAGAAAUAGCAAACAGAAUCAACGAAGCCCCCAAAAAUGUGUACGAGUAAUAAAGUUGUUACAAUGAAUGUGUGUAGUUAAAAUAUAAUGUAUUGAUAUUCA